AUGCUGUCUCUCCGGUACCAUAUCCUCAACUGGGCCCUGUCGCUUAUGACAAUCCCUCUAGCCAUGUUCCGAAAGAGUCUUGUUAACAGUGGACUGAUGCACAAACUUAUCGAUGAUAUUCACUGUCCCGCCAUCGGCCUCACUAUCUAUUUCCUUACGUUGUGGUUGUUGAAAGCACGAGAAACAGCCAAACAAGAACAAGAACAAGAAACCCAUUCGGACCAGGUAGCAUUCAGCGGCAAUGUUGCUCCAGCUGAGCUAGAGGCCAUUGCCCCAGCUGAUGUUCAUGAGCUGGAGGCAGAGGUCCCGAUCAGUACAAACACCAACGGAAACUGCAACGGUAACGGCAACGCCAGGUCGAAAAAAAGGAGGAAACGGGGAAAGAAAGGUAACGCCAACGGAAAGCAGAAUAGGAACAGCUCGAGCCAUAAUGGAAAGGCGCAACAGUUCAACGGAAAUAGGAUACCUCCAAGGAAUAAAACGCCCGCUCAAGAUACAGCACCUUCGAAUACAACAGCGCAGCUGAACGCCAUCGCUGCUCGAAGACUUCGGAAUACGUCAAUCGGACGGAUAGAGUAUAUGAAACAAAGUGUUAUUCGCCUCAUCGAACAGCGCAUACAUGUACUCUACCCUAUCAAUUUGGUACUUCUAUUUACCAGUGACGAAUUGCCUGGACUUGGGGCAUAUUCCGAGUCCCGUUAUUGUCGAAUGGCAGCACGAGUCCUAGUAACCUUUACAAUCCUGGGAACUGUAGAGCCAUGGAGACGCACUCGAUGGGAUAUUGAGAUGUGUGGUCUUGGAAUGCUAACCUACUGCUGUGCGUUUUGUGGUCAAGGCCCAAGCCCGUGGGCUUCGAUAACGAUGGGCGCUAUCAGUCUUUCUAUCGUGGGAUCAAUCAUAGAACUGCUGCUUUGCCUCAAAACUGGUCGCUGGAUUUGUUGGCCUUCAUUAUGGCUGGCGAGUGAUAUCGGCCAGUUCGAUACGCUCGUUCGCAUCUCGGCUCUUUCACCACUCAUUGACAUCGUCGAGACUGCCAUCUACGCCAUUACACCUUACGUCGUACCCGCGUGGUACCAGAGCAGACGGGACCUUAUGGAGAAACCGCUUUAG